UUAUUAUUAUUAAUAACAUUGUUAUGACAACACGGGCUUUGACGUAGACGACGCCAGUUGUCACGUGAUUAUAAAAAGGCGGAGCCGGGAUCUACUUCCGGAAACAUGGAGGCGGUUGUGAGCGAUGUGGUAGCUCCAGAAGACCUUUUGAAAUUUGAGAAGAAGUACAAAAAUGAGCAGGCGAAGGGAUCCGUCUCCAAAGAAACAAAGUUUGAGUAUGCUUGGUGUCUGAUCAGGAGUAAAUACACAGCGGAUAUCAAGAAGGGGAUUGUGCUCCUGGAAGAACUUGUUCAUACGGCAUCAAAAGACGACUCCCGGGACUUCUUGUUCUACCUCGCUGUGGCCAACUACAGACUCAAGGAAUACGAGAAGGCCCUAAAGUACAUUCGAACUCUUCUGAAGAAUGAACCGGGGAACAAGCAGGCUCAGGAGCUGGAGAAACUCAUCGUCAAGGCUUUGAAGAAAGAUGGCUUGGUCGGCAUGGCGAUCGUCGGGGGAAUCGGUCUCGGCGUGGCCGGUUUGGCGGGCCUCAUCGGCCUGGCUGUGUCAAAGGGAGCCGCUAAAUCCUAACCUGCAUGUGAGCUGACGUGCAUUCACUUUGCUGGCUGAUACACUGACUCUUUCACGGCAUAAAUUAUAACAACGGGCGUGGAGAGAGCUUGAUGGAUGCAACGUUUAAAUUUGAAGUCGAGUAUCCGCCGCAACAUAUUAAAGGGUUUGAAUAAUACCAGUGAAUAACCAUUUUUUAACAGGGUUGAGAUUCACCAUGUAUAGGACAUUUCUAAACUGUCUAUUCACCCACAUUAGCAUUGCACUUUCUCAUUAUUUGUGUAAAUAAAUUACGACAGUCGGAUGCAUUCGGAAGUGUUGAAGUGCUUGUGAUGCCAAAAGCAACAGUGUGAUGUGUUUGCUGCAGAGGGAGCAUCAAAUAAUGCUGAUUGUGUAACAAGGAGCUGCUGAUGAGGAGGGAACGAGAGGCUUAUUUUGGACAGGUUUUUUUUUUUCUUCUUCUGAAUGUGUUGCCUUCAAGGGAGGCAACACACUUAUAAUUAUAAAUGGGUUAAUCUUGUCAUAUAAAAUGCAUUUACCUGUGCUACAUGUAAUGUCUUGUCUUCCAUCUUGUUAAAUAAAAAGAUUUUGAACUGACAAGG